CUGAAAAACCAUACCCUUUGGGGCAGCACAUACCUAUAUAGCCCAUAUAAGGGAGUACCUCCCCAGGGCCUUAUGGCAAGGUACUUUAGUCUCACAGUGCCUCCCUAUAUUUUAAAGUAAAAUGGAUGCUAGCAAAAUUUGUGUUUGACACUGAAUUGCAGAGAGGAACUUGUGGUUUAAAAGACUAGCAAUGUACCCCUCCAGAGAAACUGGAAGUAGUGCUAUGGGUAGCUGUAGGUGGCAAAAAUGUCAUAAAAAGGCUUUGAUAGCUUGAUAAAAGAAAAUGAUGUCUUUAAUGAGGGUUUGAGUGUGCAGAAUAAAUGGAAACAUAUUAAUUUGGUGUCAGAAUUGCAUCACUUCAAUGUGUUGCCAUUGGAAAGUAAACCUUUACCUGAGGCAGAAAUCCUUCCUACACUUUGAACUCAUGUAUGUUUACAGCCUUGAGCGUCCUCCUUUGCCAUUUCACAUCCUCUCUCUUUAGGAGACUCUUGGUCAUGGACGCUAGUCACUUACAUGCAAUCAUAAGCCAGGGAUUUUCAACCGAAAUAUUUUUUGCGAUAAGGGAGUUCUGCCCUGAGUUGCACACUGAUAGGUUUUUCCUAACUACAUGUAUUCAUUUAUGCCUAAACCAAUGUUUUACUAUUUUUAGUAUUGUCAUGGAUGCACAGGAAGACGUUAUGAAAAAUUUUCUGAAAAGUUCAUGUCUGAGUUCGCAUGCCUCCUGGCGCCUUUUAGAUAGAGACUGGUAACAAGAUGAAUUUUACCGCGCAGUUGCUAGAGGUUUGGGCCUGAGUAACGUUCGGUGGCAGCAGCAAUGGCGGCAGUUUUCAGUUGUUUUCGUUACAUUUUGUUUGUUUUAACUCUUCCAUGACUGUAAAGCGGAUUUAUCCUCUUGAGAUUCCGUAGUCAAUACUAUGAAUCUCUGUACAAAUGUAAGUUCAGCAGCCAUCGCGAUCACUGUUCUGACCGACAAAAUACGUUUUGUAUUUUCAUAUGGCGCAUAUUUCAGUGGAGACAUCGUCUUUGCAAAAACUAGUUCAACAGAAAGAAAGUGAAUGGAGAGAAGCACAAGAACUGCGGAAUAAGUCGCUACAGAGUUCUCUUAAGGAAAAAGAACGACAGCUCAACAACGAAAAAGUACGAUUUAGGAAGUUGAAAGAGGAUUUUGAGUACAACUUGAAACUGUUAGAAGAGAGAGACCAGGAACUUCAACGAUAUGAUGCGUUGUUUUCACAAGUGAGAAACAUCAACAGUUCGAGAGACAGUGAAAUCAGUGAUCUGAAAGUACACUUGGAUGACCUCAGGCUGAAGUUGUUACACGAGGAGAAGGCUAAAGAAGAGUUACAAAGGCACUAUCAACAGCGCUUGAGAGAACACCAGCAGGAAUUAAACCAGUUCAGACUCGACAAAGAGAAUGAAGUGAACAAGGAAAGAGAAGAAUUUGAGUCUUUUAAGAGAGAGCUCCAGGUUCAGCUGAGGGCAGCUGAGGAAGAUGUGGAGGCUCAGAGACAGGAGUUGAUGGCUGGAUUUGAUGAUGCGCAGCGCAAGAGAGAACAUGAAUUUAGAAAGAAAGCAGAUGACUUGAGUAAUUCCUUACUAGCUAGUGAAUUAAAGGUUAAAAUGCUCACAAAGGAACUAGAGCUACUCAGAGCCAGCGGAGAAAGAGCAAAAGACGAACUGGAAGACACAGAAACAGUUGUUCAUGAUCUUGAAAAACAGUUGAAGCAGAAAGAAUGGCAGUUAACAGACGAACAGAACAUGAACAAAGCUAAGGUGGCUGAAUUGGAAGCAGAAAUUGAGCAAUUAAGAUCAGCGAUGACCAAGAUGCAGGAGAGAUUUCAACACAAACAUGCUGAGCUGGAUCGAUAUGCAAAGGAGAAGGAACAAGCCCUUGCUGCAGCUAAAGAAACCCAUGGUGAGCUUGAGAGAAGUCUAGAGGAAAAGAUCCGUGUGUUACAGAAUCAGCUAGAGACUGAGCAAGUAGAAUGCCGCAGACUUCAAUGGGCCAACAAGGAUGCUGGGAAGGAGAGAGAGCUGGAAGUUCAGAGGUUGCAUGGAAUCAUAGCUGAUCUAGAACACAGGCUGGAGAAACAAACAGCUGACCAUGGCCGAUCCAUCGUUGCUCGUGACUUGGAACUAGAAGCAUUGAGACAACAAGAAGAGAAGAUGAGAUUGGAAAUUGUGCAGCUUAAGGAAAACACUGACAAAUACAAAAAAGAGCUCACAAUGGCCAUGGAGCGUGAAUCUUCCUUGGAGCAAUCCAGGGCUCAACUUGAAGUUGAUUGGCAGCGGCGGUGUGAGGAUACUGAAAGAGAGGUGUACAUGAAGCAGGAACAACUGCUGGCUGGUCUUACCAAGCAGAGAGAUCAGAGUGUGGCACUUGCCCAAGAACGAGAACGUGAAUUAGCUCAACGAGAUGAUCUGAUUCGAGUAUUGACUCAGACUAGAGACCAGGCUCUUGCAACUCUUCAGCGUCACGGACUUGCCAUUCCUACUCAGUUACCAAACAAGGAAGAGCAAGAAAAAUCAUAUGCAUACGAUGCUGGUGAUCUCCAAGACCUGCCUCCUGAGGAGAAGGUCAAAUCCCUUGCAGAACAGAAUGACAAUUUACGAGCUGUGAUUAGGCAAAUGCGGCAUGACAUGGAGAAUCUAAGCAACGAGUUAGCUGCGAGGUCCCCGUCAGUUAUGGUGCAAGGCAGAGAUGGUGAAGAAGGGACCUCAGUACCACUGACCACAGAAUAUGUUGAGUCACUGGAAAAGGAAAUCACAGAGCUAAAAUCAAAGAACAGAACACUGAGACAACAGAUUGACGACAUGUCACAAUCAGCCAAACCUCCAAGACGAAGUCACAGGGAAACAGCACCGUCACAUGGCGGCAUUCAACCACAAGAUCCAUUCAUACAAGCACACAUCAAGGAACUGAAUGGAACAAUUGGUGCUUUACGCCAGGAGAAGCUUGAGCUGUCAGCUCAAGUGAAGAAACUCCAAGCUACAGUGGACCAUCUGCAGGGAUCACUGAACCAAGCUCACGAAGAGGUUCGCCAGAAACAGUUAUCAGUGGAUCAGGUACAGUACGAACUGACAACACAGAACAGACGAGCUGCUGACGAGCUUACUGCUCUGAAACAGCGAGUAACCGAGCUGCAACUACAACUGGCACAAACCAGGAAAGAGGCGGACGAGUACUUCAAGAGUGGAUUGGAAAGGAAUGCCGAAGCCACGUCCUUGGAGAAUCAGCUUUCAACUUUAAAGGUUGAGCUUGCAUCGCAAGGCAGAGGGGCUGUGUCGUUCAAUCCUGAAGCAGCGGUCAUCAGACAACUUCAAGAUGAGAUUUAUCGUCUGAGAAAACAAUUAACAUCAGGAAUUCAAGGAAGCGACAAAGAUUUCCUCGACUCAAUGUCCCUUGCUCAACCACCGACAUCUGACCUGGCGCGGCUACACGGCAAACUACAAGUGGCGGCGCGGCGCAUAAACCGGCUUUCUCAAGAGAAAGAACAACUUAUUCAGAUGGGGAACAGGCUUAGAGCUGAACUAGCAAAGUAUACUGGAGACCGAAGGAGCGCUCCCCCCGGUGUCAUUUCUAGGCAUCCCUCGCAGCCCCUUGUCAGUCGAGGCCCUUCAGAAAAGACCACCGCUGGAAAGACCCCAGAGGAGAUGAAGGACCAUCUACAGAGCCAGCUCAGUGCUGUGGAAAAACUUCAAUACCAGCUUACUGCUCACGAGCUCCAGUUUGCACAGCGCAUGGCUCAAAAGGAGCAGCAAGCCGCUGAACAGAUCAAGGUCACAGUGGUCUCAAGUUCUAGUGAUUCUAAUGAAGGUGAAGACGUGAAAGAUCCAGAGCCUCACUUGCAACCCCACGACACAGUGUCACUUGUUGCUAAUACAAAAGACAAAGAACCAGUAGAUGAUCGCGUGACCAAUCCACCGACCAAUCAGUUGACUUCUUCGCCUGCUAACGAUCAACCACUGUUUACAUCGUCGUCUGAAGGCCAAGCCUCGUUGCAAGAAAUUUGGAAGAUGUUGGACGAAGAGGAAAGUUUCCAAAGCCCCACUCCAAGAAAAGCGCGGUCUAGUUCUCCUUGGCGCUCUACAGUCUCGAGGGACCUGGAACCUGAUUACAUUCCCACGCGCGAUUCCCCCGAGCGUGACGUUUUCGCGCUGAAAGGAAGACGAUCGGAAGUUCAAACACGACCCGCGAAACAGAGGCCAGGACUAUCUAAAAAGGCUGCUGGAAAGGCCAAGCUCACUCCCAAGAAAUUAAAAGUGAGAAAUUAUAACAUCAGGGACGACGGCUGAUCAAAGCAGUUUGUUAUUACAAUUUCGAUAGUCGAUGGUCAGUAGACAUCUCGAUCGGAGAGCAGGCGAAAGCAUCAUCAGAAUGGUUUCCACACAAGAGCCAUCCCAGGUGAGACAAGUCAAGUUGAUUGGUAGCUGUCAAGAGAUGGUGUACCAUUUUAUUACAAGGCGACAAGACUCGGAAAUACAUAGCAAUGGUUUGCCCUGUUGACCCGUGGCUAGUGCAUGUGACUGUCACGUGAAAUUUUCACGCGCUACACGUUUACACACGUCAUGUAACGAGACCCAUAGAGACAUUACAGAAUUUUUGUUGGAAGUAUUCUAAUUAUGUCUGGAAAGGUCAAUUGAGCUUCUCCUGUUGGUAACCGGAGGACCAGAGACAAACAAGUUACCACUGAAUGUUUGCAUUAGCCUGUGAACUAUUUUCCAUAGGGAGGGGGACAAAAUUAACGGCAUAAACAUAUUACAUAGCUAUCACUUGCUGUCAAAAUAAAGAGUAACCAUUGCCCCGA